AUGGCCAAUACUAAUGACAGUUCGCUUUUGCCGCCCAUUGAAAGUCCUUGGAAGGCUAGAAUCCAGAGCAACAAGCUGAUCAACCCUACCAUCCACACCCUAAGUCCGAUGAAAUCGGGCUCCAAGCUUGGGGAAGAACAGUUCCUGCAACUGCGUGUUCUGUGGCCUCCCCUUAUCGUCAUUGACGAUUUCGAAGUAGGCCCCAAGAGGUUCAAAGUAAAGGCUGAUGAUGUGAUGAAAGAGCUCGUUCCGUUCGCUGCAUACUUGAAACACAUCCAGGGGAACAAGACGCACAUCCAGCCCUACAAAAAGGGACGAUGGGCAGACAACAGGGGGGUCGAAUUCCGAGACGUCCGACCUCAACGCAACAUCGCGCGCCCCGACUACGCCGAGAGCGAUUCACUGAGUCGCGAAUCGAGUGGACCGCAAGAUAUCCAGAUGCGCGACAGCGUGUCAAACACAUCUGCGGCUGCAGAAAUGCGAGACGUUCGUUGGACUCCCACCCGAGACGAGCAAAUCGUGAACACCGCCCUUCUCGAGUAUCUGAACGCACUUACGGUUAACAUCCCGGAGGUGCAAUGCGACUGGAGUUCUGCGAGACUUGCGUUCAAGGCCGAGUUUGGGCAGGCCCACAUGGAAGCACGCACUGACGGCUUUCUCAAGGGCGAGGGCAUGGAGGAAGCAUUUGCCAUUCUCGAAGUCAAACCUCGAGUUCGGGAUCGGGAGGGGGACCCCGCCAUCCAGUACCAGGAGUCGGCGCAAAUGGUUGGAUGGAUCCUGCACGAUGAGAAGAACACCCGGAAAGUCGCACUUCCCAAGCGGCUCAUAAUCUCGCAAGAUCGAAAUGAGAUCUACAUCACCGAGGCAUCAUACAAGGAUGAAUACGUCCAGCAUUUGAAGGACAAGGAUGCCGAACCAGCUGGAUUCCUGACUAUGCAGGAAUAUGGUCCGUGGAAUAUUGAUGAUCACAAGCACAUGCGGCAUUUGGCAAAAAUCGUUGUCCGUUUUUGUAUCGAAGUCUCCGACCUGAUCAAGGAGGCCACGUCGUCAAGAUGA